AUGACUGGACGAUACUCACCAUGGGCGGAGCGAUUCAAGGGGGUAGGGGGUGGUGCGCCGCAGCGACACGUACUUCUAACCGACAAUGAUGGCACCACACAUUCGGGGAUAGCUAUCCAAUAUCCGUCAAAACACCCCAAAUUCUAUUGCGAUCCUACUCCUAUAUUUGACCCACACGACAAGCCCCGUACCGGUGCUGAAUAUCACAGGUUCUUCCAGAGUGUACAUUUGCAGGGAAGGCUCUUUUCGAAGGGGCAAACGACGAAACUAGCUUCACUGAAUCGUUACCUUUACGCUUCAAAUCAAUUUGGGAUAUAUUCAGGUGGCCACCGAUCGGCAGACGACCCUAAUGAGUUCUUUGAAGCAUUUGGCUUGAGGAGAUUCUCGGUCAAUCAGGACGCAUGGUACGACUUCCUCCAGAAACACCGCUGGUACGACCUCCACUCAAUUUCAGGUGGACCGUUCAAGGACGGGCUGUCCAACGGGCCAUGGAGUGUGGACAACCCACCCAUUUGGCAAAACCUGCUAGGCUCUCUCGAAUUAACUGACCGACUUAUAAGAGCACUAAUAGAAGAUCACCACAGUGGGUUUGAGGCAAUGUUGUUUGGAAGGAUUGUGCCCUGGGAUUCGGUUAAGUAUAUGCCCGUUAGAAGCCCCUUCGAGGGCGCUUCUGUGCUCCUCACGCAAGAGAUGGAAUACAAAAUAGCUGCCAUGAGCCAAAGUCCGCCUGAGAAGAGUCCAAUUCACGACCUUUCAGGCAAAAGGAGGAUAGUUGCGAUGGAAGACAGGUUGGAAAACAUACUGAGGAGACACACUUGGUCUUUCUCGCCCACUGUUAACGCUUUGGGCUUCACAACGAAAGCGCAGGCACGGUAUAACCAUACCACUCUCACUGCCUUGAACACAACAACCAUAAAAUUUCUCGUCACUGAAGAUAUUACACUGGCGGAAAGAUUUAUGCUACAGUUCGAAAUAGCGGCCCUGAUGAUACACGAGAUUAUGCAUGCCAUUAUAACUCACCGGUAUCAUGAAGAAGGGCUGGAUUGUAAGCAUCCUGAGCCUUUCAUGGACUUCGAUCCGAUAGCCGAAAUGGGUGAGGCAAUGGAGCGUCGAAUAUUUGGCGGCAGGUAUAACCCAGUUCCGCUUUCUUGCGUGCCUCUGGCUUCCGUGUUAUACAACUGGCCAAGGAACUCAACGGGAGGGCAGAAAAACCCUCACGACCCUAUUUGGCAAACCGACAUUCCAUCGACAGCCAAGCCAUUCCCUCCCUUGUUUAUCUCAAAAUUAUUUUCAGCUGAGUUCUGGGACAAUCCUUACCUACCAAAGAAAAGUGAUAAGAGAUUCUGGUCAUGUGACCUGUUUAAGAAUUGGCAACUGGACAAGACGCAAGAAAAAUACUGGGAUCGGUUUGAGAGUGCGAUAGCGGGGUAUUGGCAGAAUUCGGUAUAUGAGGAAUUCAUGUACCGCAAGGGUUGGUUCACGGAAUCAUUGAGACAUUGGAUCUGCUCACCCUGGGGGUCUAAUUGGGAUUUCCUGGCUAUAUUCGUCGCAGGUUUUCAAAGCAGGGAUGAAAUCGCGUGCUGCCAAGCCGCCGAUAGAGCGCGGUUGGCCAUGCCCUGGGAGAACAGGGACAAUUUUUUCGCAUCUAUGCCGCACCCUAGCGAAAUUCGCAAAAAUUGGAUAUACUUCGCCAUUAGGCUACUCAUGUAUGCUGCGAUGCCCGUUAGGGAAACGGAGUAUUCGGUCCCUAGUAUUACCCGGCUUCAAGACGCUCGAUACGUCACUUUCAAGCCAGGCAUGGACUGUGAAGCCGAACGGAAGCAUAAUAAAUGGUGGAAUGUGCCUGAGAAAAUAGAGUCCGUGAAUUAUGGCAUCCACGAUGCUGCUGACCACAAGCGCGAGGCGAAUGUUCUCUAUAAUCCGUUUGAAUUAGAUCCUCUGGAUGCUGGUUCAGCUGUCGUUAGACCAGACCCUUCAGUCACGCAGAUGAAGUAUCUGGCUCUCGUGCACAAGAUGCUAAUAUACAUAAAAGAAGAGGGGGCAACCGUUUCAAAACCUUGGUAUUUGGAAAUCGAGCGGUGUACCAGAGAUCUUGAAUCCCAGCGACAGGAACUUAUCGCUGAACGUUCAGCGACCCCAACAAGCCACCUUACCCUUUGGGCAAAGAACUGGCCAUUCAAAUCGCCCGAAUAUGACCCUUUCGACUCGACUUUGGCAAAGUGGGACCGUGUUCGUCGUGAGUGGCAGCCAGUCGAUUCCACUUGCCCUGACGAGCUCCCCCGCGACAAAUUCUGGUAG